GUUGUGUCCAUGUGUAGGCGAAUCACGUGGGGAGAAUCCGUUGAUCGUCUUGUCCCUGCUGUAGGAGUUGCUCCGUUCUUGAUUUCAUUUUGGUUGCUACCUCGCUUUGUUUUUAAACACUCCCCCCCCCUCAUAAAUUUCACCGAAGAAUGAGCGACAACGAAGAUAUCGAUGUUGACAGUGACGCUGACAAACGAGCACAUCACAAUGCGCUGGAGCGCAAACGUAGGGACCACAUUAAAGACAGCUUCAGCAGUUUACGGGACUCUGUGCCUGUGUUACAAGGGGAGAAGCAAUCUGUCAAACAGGCUUCCCGAGCUCAGAUCCUAGACAAAGCCACAGACUACAUCCAGUACAUGAGACGAAAAAACCACACACACCAGCAGGACAUUGACGACCUGAAGAAGCAGAAUGCAAUGCUAGAGCAGCAGGGUGAGUGUGGGCUCAAGGCCCAGGGACAACUGCAGGUGCAGGAGGUCCGUGCACUGGAGAAGGCCAAAGGGAACACUACUCUCCAGGCCAACUACUCUUCCUCUGACAGCAGCUGGUACACCAACCCCAAGGGGAGCACAGUGUCUGCCUUCGACGGAGGCUCCGACUCCAGCUCUGAAUCAGAGACAGAGGAGCCGGCCAAUAGAAAGAGGCUGCGUGUGGAGCCCAUCUAGACUCCAUCCACAGUGUUAUCACCAGAGAGACUCUUAUCCACCAGCCCUCUCCUGUUCAGUCUGUUUCCAUUCUUCUCAUGCCAGUCCAGGAGACAGAGGGAAGACCAUGUGAGAAAGGUGCGAUCGUGGCUUUUCCAACAUUUUGUUACGUUACAGCCUUAUUCUAAAAUGGAUUAAAAUGUUUUUUAAAUGUAUGCGCAUUACCCCAUAAUGACAAAGCAAAAACUGUUUUUUUAUAGACAUUGUUGCACAUUCAUUAAAAAUAAACGUAUCACAUUUGCACAAGUAUUCAGACCUAGUACUUUGUUGAAGCACCUUUGGCAGCGAUUACAGCCUCGAGUCUUGGGUAUGAUGAAGUUUGGCACACCUGUAUUUGUGGAGUUUCUCCCAUUAUUUUCUGCAGAUCCUCUCAAGCCCUCCAGGUUGGAUUUGGAACAUCACUGCAUGGCUAUUUUCAGGUCUCUCCAGAGAUGUUCGAUUGGGUUCAAGUCUGGGCUCUGGCUGGGCCAUUCAAGGACAUUCAGAGACUUGUCCUGAAGCCACUAGUGCAUUGUCUUGGCUGUGUGCUUAGUGUCUUUGUCCUGUAGGAAGGUAAGCUGUCACCCCAGUCUGAGGUCCUGAGCAGGUUUUCAUCAAGGAUCUCUGUACUUUGCUCCGUUCAUCUUUCCCUCGAUCGUGACUAGUCUACCAGUCCCUGCCGAUGAAAAACAUCCACACAGCAUGAUACUGCCACCACCAUGCUUCACCGUAGGUAUGGUACCAGGUUUCCUCCAGAUGUGACACUUGGCAUUCAGGCCAAAGAGUUCAAUCUUGGUUUCAUCAGACAGGUGAAUCUUGUUUCUACAUGGUCUGAGAGUCCUUUAGGUGCCUUUUGGCAAACUCCAAGCGGGCUGUCAUGUGCCUUUUACUGAGGAGUGGCUUAUGUCUGGCCACUACCAUUAAGGCCUGAUUGGUGGAGUGUUGCAGAGAUGGUUGUCCUUCUGGAACGUUCUCAUAUCUCCACAGAGGACCUCUGGCGCUCUGUCAGAGUGACCAUCAUUAUUUAUUUACAAUGACGGUCAACAGUGAGUUAACUGACUUGUUCAGGGGCAGAAUGACAGAUUUUUACCUUGCCAGCUUGAGGAUUCGAUCUAGAAAUCUUUCGGUUACUGGCCCAACACUCUAACCACUAGGCUCCCUGCUGCCCCUUUGACCUCAUGGCUUGGUUUUUGCUCUGACAUGCACUGUCAACUGUGGGACCUUAUAUAGACGGGUGUGUCUUUGUCAUUAUGGGUUAUUGUGUGUAGUUUGAGGAAAUGUCUCUAUCCAUUUCAGAAUAAGAAUGUAACAAUGUGAAAAAAGUCGAGGUCUGAAUACUUUCCGAAUGCAGUGUAUAUACAACUCUUCAACCUUUAUCCUCCUUUGCCAGUGUAUUGUCACGCCUCAUGGUGCACCAACACCUCUCAACACCCCCAAAGUGAGACAGCUCUGCAGUUUGAAGGACUUGAUGCUUUUAAAACAUCAUUGUUCAGAAUCGGAUAUAAAGGUGAGCUGGUGAACAGCUUUAGUCUAGCUACAACAAAUACUCCCAUCUCUCGUUUUGAAUCACCUCAAUGAACCUGUUCGAAGAGUUGAGACUUACACAGACCUUUGAGAAAAUGUCCGUAGGAAUAGUUUACCUUUUUAAUAUUUGUACUUUUCCACAAAAUAAUGCGAAGUUGCUUUGAAUUUUUUUUUUAUCUAAUGCAAUCUUCUGGAAUCAAGGUGGAUGGCUGAAGUCUUUAAAUAUAGGGAUUUGAAUACACAUAUUUCAAAGUGAUAUGUUGAAAUUGAUUUCUUAUUCCAUAUUGUACAUUUUUGUUCAACUUUACCACUUGUCAAUGGAGAUUGUUCACCUCACAGGUUCAGCAAUGUUUUUAUUUUGUUAUUCUCAAGAAAAUGGAGAUUACAUUUUUAUUUUUUCGAAAUGGAUAAAUACUUAAUGUUACACAAUGCAGUUAAAAGGUAGUAACCUUUUUAUUUGUAUUAAAGGAAAAGGCCAUAUCAGUGUCGUGCAUAUUACUGUAUACUUGUAAAUGUUGUCCAUUCUACAAAGAAAAACCCCUCAAAAUAUUUGUCUAUCCUGGGAAUGUUUGUCAUUUAGAUUUUUUAUUUUACAGAUAAUUAGUGUGUAAGAAUCUAGAUUUUUUAAAAUUCUAUUGAUAUUACAGGUGUUGUAAGUACUGCCAACAAUUUUUGGAAGUUGAGGCAUACCUUUGCUGAGGAACUAUUAUAAAUAAAACUAUUUUAUCCA